AUGAAACACGAAAAUGCGCAGGUUAUGAUUUGCUCUCGUUCCGGCGAUGUGAUAGAGCCAAGACUCAUGAAACAAUGGAAUCUCGAUGUAAAACCGCUACACCUAGCAGCACUUCAAGCUAUUGAAAGGGGAAAAUUGAAAAUCGCUCCGAUGGGCCAAACUCAGCGAGUAAUCGACUGGUUGGAAAACACGGAUCCGUGGUGUUUAAGUCGACAAUUGUACUGGGGUCAUCGAAUUCCGGCUUUCACUACGGGAGACGUCACCGAUGAAAGGUGGACAAUUGCACGCGAUUCGAAUAAAGCAGCCACCACGUUAGGAUGUCACGUGGAGGAUUUGAGACAAGAGAGUGACGUUCUGGACACAUGGUUUAGCUCUUCUCUGGUGCCGCUUGUUGUCUCUGGUUGGUGCUCAAGUUCCACAUCAACAACGAUUCCUCACUUUACAAGCCCACCACUGAACAUCAUGGAAACCGGCCACGAUAUUAUUGGAUUUUGGGUUACUCGGAUGAUCGCCAUGACACUACAUUUGACAAAUGGGACGCUCCCGUUCUCUAACGUGUUCCUGCAUGGUCUCGUGCGAGAUUCAAGUGGGCGAAAGAUGAGCAAGUCGCUUGGCAAUGUUAUCGAUCCAUUGGAUGUAUUAGAUGGAAUUUCUCUUGAGCAAAUGCUGAAACGAUUGGACGAGAGUAAUUUGGAUAAACAGGAAAUAGGGCUGGCAAAAGAAGACUUACGGAAGAACUAUCCGAAUGGAAUCCCCAAAUCUGGAGCAGACGCUUUGCGGUUUGCCCUACUACGGCAUGACGUUUCUGCUACCGAUGUUCCGAUAGCCGUGUCUCAAUUAGUUGACGAGGGAUUAAGAUUUUGCAACAAACUUUGGAAUUUGACGAACUAUGUCUUGAUUUUGCACAACUCUAGUACGAGAAAUUUUACCGAUAUAUUCACCAAUGAGACAGAUUUAUGGCUUUUAUCUCGAUUACACGCUCUCUUCGAUUUUCUCAUUGGCGAUUUGUGUGAUGUUUACUUGGAAACCACGAAGAAAUACCUCUGGUCAAAGGACCAAGCAAGAAUCAACGAAGUGUGCUCUGUUUUGAACCACGUUCUUCCGAGGUCUCUUGCCCAACUCUCGAUUUUUAUGCCAUUUGCUGCGCAAGCGAUGUAUGAGCGAACAAAAACACUGAACGAUUGCGAUUUUUACGACUUUAUUUUAAAGCAAGAACCAAAUCGUGUCAAUCCUGCUCUGGAUACUCAAAUGAGAUUCACUCUGUCAAUUGUGUCAACGAUACGGUCACUGAGAGCUCAACUUAAUCUUCCGAAAACAAUUUCCUUUGAUGGGUUCCUUCGCUCAAACGAAAGUUCACCAAUCCAUCCAUUGUUUAAUGAGUUAAAUUCGUUGUGCGGUUUGCGAUUGUUACAAGAACAACCUUCAUCGUCGAAAGAAUACGUCAUUUAUCCAGUGCAUGGAUACGAUGUACAGCUCAAUAUUAAGAUCCAGGACGAACAUCGCGAGGAAUUCAAUCGACUUCUUGAAAAGCAAAACGAGCACAUAAAUCAACGAAUCGAGAAGCAAACUGAAGUGGUGAAAGGAGCGAAUCAAAUGGCCGAAAGGGAUGCAAAUGAUCCAAAAGCAAAAUCCGACAAAAAGGAGCGAAGUGCGCGUCGAGCGAAAAGCGAAAUGAUGAAACUCGAGGGAUUGAGGGCUGAAUCGAAACGACUUCAGACACUUGUCGAUAAACAGAAAAAUCUUAUCAAG